CAUCAAUCACCAUCUCGGCUCCGGGCAAAGCUCAUCCCAGCACAAACAAUGUCGACUCCAACCCCUAACCUCAGUCAGCAGAUUACACCGGACAUUACAGUCAGCAAUUUGACCUACAAGUUUCCCGAUGGCUCUUCUGGUUUACAGGACAUUUCACUUCAACUUCCGCCUGGUAGUCGGACUUUAUUGAUUGGUGCCAACGGAGCAGGCAAGACUACUCUACUCAGGCUUCUGUCUGGGAAGCGUCUCGCCCCCUCCGAGACCAUCAGAAUUGCUGGCGUCGACCCUUUUUCAUCAGGUCUCGAGGGUGUCACCUAUCUGGGCUUGGAAUGGGUCUUGAAUCCCAUUGUCCGCACAGAUAUUGCGGUCCCUAUCCUUCUCGAUUCCGUUGGUGGCAAACACUAUCCUGACCGUCGCGAUGAACUUGUCCAUAUCCUCGACAUUGACCUCCGAUGGCGAAUGCACGCCGUCAGUGAUGGUGAAAGGCGCAGAGUCCAGCUUGCCAUGGGUCUGAUACGUCCCUGGGAUGUCUUGCUUCUUGACGAGAUCACCGUGGACCUCGACCUUCUUAGUAGGAGUAACUUUCUCAACUGGCUGCGACAGGAAACCGAACGACGUGGAGCCACCAUUGUUUAUGCUACCCACAUCCUCGACAACCUGGUCGGAUGGCCCACUCAUCUCGUUCACAUGCACAUGGGUCGGGUCAAGGAGUGGGGGUCAAUGGUCAAGUAUGAUGCCCAGUCUGAUUCAUACACCAACAGCGGCAACAGUAAACUUGGCGAGCUUGUCCUCAGAUGGCUUAAAGAAGAUCUAGCCGACCGAGGGCCCAGGGACAAGUCUAGUCAAGCCAAGUCGUACCAAAACCUCGACGGCAAGGGUGGUUACGGCCUGGAGCAACGGAAAUAGAGCUCCAGAUGAGAUCUGGUCGGCAGCCAACUAACGUAUUCUCCAUUUUACCCGAUACCCCAUCUGAUCUUCAACAAGAUUAUGAGCAUUUUACAUUGAUGGCGCGAAAUUGCGCGAUAUCUUGGUCUUAACACCAAUCCCUGUUACGCCAUAGGUCCCCAAAUCUAUCAUUGACACUGUCAUCACCACGGUCCACACCUUCCACUAACACUUCAUUCCCCACCGAGUUCUUC